AUGGGCACGAAAGCCACGUUCGGUGUCCAGGGAGCCGUCAUCUUCGCGUCGUACUUUCUCGUGGUGGCUGUUCAGCUAAUGCUGCGAUGGACAGAGAUGUUGAAAGGCCAUGUGUACACUGCUGUCGAUCACUCCCCAGCCAAGCAGAAUGAAGCAAUGUAG